AUGGAGCCGUCGGAGGCGGCGACUAACACAGAGCUGGCGAAGGCGACAAAAGACACGGCGUCGUUGGCUCAGUGGUCGAGGCAAACCUCCACACCCACAACAGCUCCCACUACUACCCCCGCCCUCACGUACGCCUCUGUUGCCGCCUCUGCUGCCGCCCCUCAGGUGGUUGGCUUACCCUCUCUCACCGACCCCGUCGCUUCGUCUUCUGCAUCUCCCGCACGCCUCACGUCGCGCCGAGCCACCAUCGCCACCACUGAACCAGCUGCUUCUACCGGUGCCUCCACUACGCCACAGGGAUCUGCCACCCGCAACCUCCCUCUCCUCCCCGUCCCUCUCCCCUCCUCCCAGCCUCCAGUCUCCAAAAAACCCCAAAAGCGCGUCCUUACCGACUCUGCUCCCGCCACUUCCCACAAAAAAUCAACACCACCUCCUCCUCCCCCUGCCGUCACCAUGGACACCACCCCUCCUCCUGCCACCCCUACCUUGGCCCCCACCCUCCACACCUUUGUCCUGUCAACUCCCGAUCCUAAGUUCCUCGACGCUCGUACCCUCACCAAGGAAAUACGAAAAUUUGUGCAGCUAAGGCUGCGGCUGCGCGGCUGGGCGGGGCACAUCUCACCGCCGAUCGAUGGCCGCGGCUGCAGCCAGAGCCGGCCAGCUCUUAUUGCUCAAUAUUUGCCUGCUGAGUUUGCUGCCGUCGCAAUAAGUUCUCACUGCUGCACCAAUGUUUGGCUCGCCGGAUGA